CUGUUCUUUCUCUUUCACCUUAGGCAAGAUGCAAAGCUUGACCUCUUCAGCGUUCAGAAUGUUUUCAGAUUCAGUGUCAGGGAUUUUUCCAUUCUCAGGUUUAAAAUUUUAACCUCCCCUAAACUGUUUGGCAAACGAUUUAGAGACUGGUUUAUUGCUCAUAGAAGCUGGAGGCACAAUGCAUGAGACCAGUAAUGUAGACAAAGACUUUAUACCUACUGAAUUGCUGGCAAACCCAGGUUAUCUGCCUUCAGAAAAGGGUUCUCAUAAUAGUAUCUUGAAACGGGUCUUCGUUUCACCCUUGGUCAUUUGUCUGAGUCUGACUAUUGUGCUGUGUGGAAUGGUUACUACAGCCCUAGUAGCUACAGUUAAAUUCCACCGAAAGCCACCAGAAUGUCUUGAAGUUGCAUGCCCAGACAACUGGAUUGGCUUCCAAAGAAAAUGUUUCUAUUUUUCUUUUGACACCAAGAAUUGGACAUCCAGUCAAAGAUAUUGCGACUCACAAGGUGCUGACCUUGUACAGGUUGAAACUUCCCAGGAAAUGGAAUUUCUGUUGAGAUACAAGGGUCCUUCUGACCACUGGACUGGACUGAGCAGAGAACAAGGCCAACCCUGGAAAUGGACAAAUGGUGAUGAAUUUACUGGAUGGUUUCACAUCAGAGGAGGAGGAGAGUGUGCCUAUUUGAAUGACAAAGGUAUCAGCAGUGCAAGGAGCUACACAGAGAGGAAGUGGAUUUGCUCCAAACCAUUGCUCAGACCCAAUUACGUAGGCCCAGAUGAGGCAGCAAAGCCAUAACUGAUCUUCAUUUGUGUCCCUGACAGGAUAUGUUUGAGUCCUAAUCCCUGGUUCUACACACUUGAAACCAUCUGUAAGGCUAAGGUGAGGCCAAACUGAACCCUCCACCCCGAGUUGCUGGGGGAAGGUGCAGAGGUGUUGGGCUUCCUCACCUGCAUUGUUGCUGACAUUCUCACAAACAUUGAGGACUGGCAGUUUGGUGUGGUGAGCUCUCUAUCUUGGGAUAUGCCCUUGUGAAGCUUGUUGCUGCAAAGGAGAAGCUAAAUCUGCUUAUAAUUGUGCCUAAGAGUCUCCCCCUGAAUACCUCUUUGUUGCUCAGUUGUGGCCCUCUCUAGCCAAGCCAACUUGGCGGGU